AUGGCCGUCGCCCGCUGGUGGCUUUACACCCAAGCCAUUUUCUGGCGCUUUCUCAUGCGCAUUGGCAUGUUCUUCCACCAUGUCAUCAGCCCGCGCUCUCCAUCUCCAACCUUUACGCGCAGCAUUCCCUGCCAGGACAGCAGUCGGUCCAUCCAGCUGCACUUCUACUGUCCCGAGGACUAUGCAGACCAGCGGAAAGCCGGUCGACGGCUCCCCGUCGUCGUCAACUUCCACGGCGGAGGCUUUGCUCUAGGCCGUGCGACAGACGAUGCGCGUUGGGCCCAGACGGUUGUCUGUGAGCUCGGUGCGGUUGUCGUCAGUGUCGACUAUCGACUUGCUCCCGAGAAUCCGUUUCCCGCCGCCGUCGACGACGGCGUCGAUGCCCUGCUCCAUCUUGCCAGCAACGCAUCCGAUCUGGGGAUCGAUGCUUCUCAGGUCAUCCUGACCGGCUUCUCCGCUGGAGGCAACCUGGCCGUCACCGUUCCGCUCCGUCUCCGCCAGGUCCGCGGUGAGGCCCGGCCCGAGCUGCAUCGGUACGAGUCGACGCAACAGCUCCUCGAUGCCACCAACGAGCUCCACGUCGUGGCCAUCUUCUCGUGGUAUCCGAUCCUCGACUUUGUGCUGCCCCGGGAACAUCGUCGUGCCAUGAGCAUUCUCCCCGAGAAGACUCUCCCGUCCUUCUUCACGAACCUCUUCGACGAGUCCUACGUGCCCAACCGCGAUGACCGCACCUCCCCCUAUGCCUCACCCGCGCUGGCCACAGACCAGCUGCUGGCCGAAGCGCUACCGCACAACGUCUUCCUCUACAUGUGCGAGUGGGACAUGUUGCUGCGCGAAGGUCAGGUCUUUGUCCGCCGCCUCCAGGGAUUAGGCAAGAAGGUGCGCGCCAUGAUGAUCGAGAAGGUCCCGCAUGCCUGGGACAAAUCGCCCAAUCCGUUCCGCGAUCAGGACAGCGUCAACGUGCUUUAUCGCGAGGCUUGUGCGGAGAUGAAGACGUUGCUAGAAAAGUAG